AUGAUGUUAGUUCACAGCCUCUCAGGGGUGAUCAGACUCUCUCUCACACACACGCACAGAGCCACUACACACCAGCAGGCUCCCCCACAACCAACCACCAACCUCUUCCUGCACCCAUGAUGAGCGAGAUCAAAAGCAAGGCAUUCUGGAGGGCCGUGCUGGCCGAGUUGCUGGGCAUGACCCUCUUUAUCUUUCUCAGCAUCACGGCCGCCAUCGGCAACGACCAGCUGGAUGAGGUGAAGACGUCGCUGGCCUUUGGCCUGGCCAUCGCCAUGCUGGCCCAGAGCCUGGGCCACAUCAGCGGCGCCCACCUGAACCCGGCCGUCACGCUGGGCUUGCUGGCCAGCUGUCAGAUCAGCGUGCUGCGCGCGGUCAUGUAUAUGGCGGCACAGAUGCUGGGAGCCACCGUGGCUAGCGGGAUCAUCUAUGGAGUGCGGCCGGACACCAACAACAAGCUCGGAGUGAACAGUCUUUCUGGUGUGACCCCAAGUCAAGGUAUUGGCAUCGAGCUACUGGCCACCUUCCAGCUCGUCCUGUGUGUCAUAGCAACCACAGAUAAAAGACGGCGGGAUGUGACAGGUUCCGCCCCCCUGGCCAUUGGUCUCUCUGUUGCUCUGGGCCACUUGACAGCCAUAAGUUUCACUGGGUGUGGCAUCAAUCCUGCUCGGUCCUUUGGUCCUGCCGUCGUUACGAGCAAUUUCGCAAAUCACUGGGUGUACUGGGUCGGGCCCAUGUGUGGAGGCGUGGCUGCUGCUCUCGUGUAUGACUUCCUGCUAUAUCCAAAAACGGACGAUUUCCCCGACCGCAUGAAGGUGCUCAUGAGCGGACCGGCUAAAGACUACGAUGUCAACGGGGCAGAGGACCCCACAGGAGUUGAGCUGACGUCAAAGUGAAAGCUUGCCAACCCCUACAUUUUGUGUACAGUCUCUUAAAUUGUCUAUCCAUACAUGUGAAGAUUAUUUUUUAUGUCUGGAAAAUAACUUUUCUACUUUGAUUACAACUCAUGGGAAGUCUCAUCUGAAAGUGUCUUUAGUCCAGGAGAAAAUAUUCACAAACAUUUGAAUUCACGCUUGUCUGUUCAGAAAUUGUUAAUAGCCUUUCAAACAAGGCAUGUUUGUUACAGAUAAUGUAAGAUAAUGUUUUACUGUUUCAAACAACAGGCUUCACUGUCAGUAUUCUAGAUGUAGAAUCACAUAUUUUUGUAAACUAUUUUUUAUGUAAAUGCUUAUUGUAUCCUUUUAUAUAUGUACUCUGUGUGCACUUGGAUUCCUUGUCUCCACUUUUGUAAGUAAAUGAGAAUACAUAUGUUGGCUAUGUAACAGCUAUUUCUUUUCCACUUGUUAUUGAAAACUUGUUUCCCAUUGUUCUUGAAAAUAAAAAUGCUAUAGAAACUGUC